UACAUAAUUAACAAACAUAUCGAAAGUAUAAUAAAUGAUUAAUUACAGGAUAAACUGUUAAGUUGUCUGAAACCUGCCAGAUGCCAACUCUGAGAAGUGCAAGUGAAGUUUAUUCCUGCAGAGGGAGCCCAGUUUCACAAACACUGGAUUAGCCUCUGGCCAAUAGAGAUCCUCAGGAGAUUAUUCCAACAGCCUCUAAAAAAAGCAGCUCCCACUUCUCGCUGCACUCAGACCAUCAGCAACACUUGCUGGGAAGGGCUCAGCUGCCUGUUGCGUGCCGUGAUGACACUUUUCCGAACACUCCUCCUCUUAUCAGUGGCUGCAGCUUCUGUGGCAGAGCAAAUUUCCCCCCAGCGGAGGAAACGAGGGUUGCUUGAGCUGGCUGGAGCCAUCAAAUGCAGCACAGAGAGAUCUGCUUUGGCUUAUGUGAUGUACGGAUGCUACUGUGGUCUGGGAGGCCAAGGCUGGCCCAGAGACCAGGCCGACUGGUGUUGCCACAAGCACGACUGCUGUUAUGGAGAUGCAGAACGCCUCGGCUGCCAAACCAAAACAGCUCAGUAUCAGUGGACGUGUGAGGACAGGAAAGCUGAGUGUGAUGACUUGGAGGACAAAUGUGAAAAGUUUCUGUGCAAGUGUGACAGAGAGGCAGCCAAGUGUUUGAGAAAGGCACCUUACACCCAGAAAUACGCCUUAUGGCCAGACUUCAUGUGUGGCUCGGAGCAUCCAACAUGUAACAUUUACUGACACAAUAAAACCAUUUUUUAUG